CUAGCGAAACAGUUACAAAAAUCUUUUCAAGUAUGUGGUAGUUUUUACAGAGAGAUUUUGGCCAUUCUUCAAAUGUUCUGUCUUUAUUUCAAACACAAAACGGCUGCCAUCCUUAUGGCAGCAUUCAAUUUGAGUGUUGGCAUUUUUGGAACCAUAACUUUCGCCGUAAGGGUCCAGUGCAAAAUAAAAUGUCUACCGUUACGUUAUGACAUAAGCGAGGACUAUCUGAUAUUUUCCGUUUUUCACCUCAUUUCCAGCAUUCCGCUUAUGGCUGCUCUUAUUUGGGAGCGACCAGUGUUAAUUUUGAUUUAUGAAGUGAUUCAUAUCUCGGCCUUGGCUGCUUUUCUUACACAUUCUGUGAUAUUUGUUCCCAUGGGAAGAACAUUCUAUGUCAUUUGCUUGAGCUCAUGUUUCUUAAUAUAUUGUAUGUACUGCGUGUAUCUGUUUUACCUGGAAAUGAAAUUAAAAAAGAGGAGUCGUUUUGAAACGGUUUAUUGCAUUGAAGCUGUAUAUUUUAGUAACAGUAACAUCCGAUAACUCAUGUUCAGUAACCUGUUCAAUAAAGUGUGGAUUUUGAAAUGGUAAAUACUGCAUUUCCUUUAGUAUAAAUGUAAGGAUUAUGUUCAUUAUGAACUAUAAUUUCAAAUGUUUUCGAAUUAUUCUUCAAAUAUUCGUGGAGGCAUGAUCAGUAUUGUUAAUGCAAAAAAAUCUCAAAUCUUAUAAACCAAUCAUAUUGCGAAGGAUAAUCAUGAAAUUACUAUGUACCUGAAUAUGUACCUACGUGUUGUAGUUGAAGAAACUAUUCUCCUUUUGUGAAGAAUGCACAUAUUCAUUUUAACUUAUCAAAAUAUAAAUAUUAUUUCUAAUCAGAUUCUUUAAAAAAAUCACUUAUGUUGAAGAGUUUGAAUGGCAUAACAUCAUAAUCUAGAAAUUGACAAGCUUCAUACAAUUUGAUGCUUCCUAGUAUCUGUAAGUUAAGUUUAAACAUAUGUACUGCCUUAAAAACUCAUCUCAUUAGUUCACUAAAUAUGCCUUCACAUAUUCAUUUUUUUUCCACGCCAAAAUAUACUCCUGGCACCAAAACUUUUAGUUUUCCACGAAAUUGACGCCCAUCAACGCGUAUUUUCCAAAUUCCUAAAUCCAGCGAUCCUGACGUAACCUAUUUGAAAAACUGUUUUAUCAUCGGCGACAUUGAUGAAAUAGGUUAGCAAUUUUUCUGCUGCCAAAGGAUGCCAAACGCCAAAGGUGCAAGCUGGAUUAUCCUCUGGAUCGUAGUAAUGGCAUCGUCUUGUGACCCUCGUGGAAGGAACGUAUUCGAAUACGUUGACGAAGUUACAAAAGGGAAGCAGAAGGCGAAUACCU